AGGCUGGGAGACCUUGGAAGGGGAUGCUAGGACUCAGCAGAGCCUGGCUGUGUCCGGAGGCACCCGCUGGAUGCUCCACUGUAUUUCACACUUCAGAGAGAAAGAACCCACCCUGUGGUUCCUAGUGCCUUUGCUGUCUCUACAGAAAGCAAGAUGGAGAUUCAGACCUGGAUGCCGGGCUGCUUCUCAAAGGGCCUCCUGUUCUCAGCUUUGUUCCUGGCCCUUCGGCUGCCCCAAGGCUCCCAGGCAGCCCUCCACAUCCAGAUGAUUCCAGAGCAGCCUCAAAAGAACCAGGACCUUCUCCUGUCCCUUCAUGGUGUCCCCAGCACUGUCCAGGACUUCAUCUGGUACCUGGGGGAAGAGACAUCUGGAGGCACAAGGCUGUUCUCUUACAUCCCUGGACUACCACGGCCCCAGAGGGAUGGCAAUGCCAUGGGACAGCGAGACAUUGUUGGCUUCCCGAAUGGUUCCAUGCUGCUUCGAGGUGCCCAACCUUCAGACAGCGGCACCUACCAGGUGGCUGCCACCGUGAACCCUGCCUGGACAAUGAAAGCCAAGAUUGACGUCCAGGUGGCUGAUGCACGCAAGGUCUCCUCACUCCUCUCUGCCAAUGCUGGGAUCACAGCAGCCAUCAUCGUUGGAAGUCUUGUUGUCGGGUCACUACUUUUAUGUGGCAUUGCAUACCUCCUGGUCACUGGCCGCCAUCGCCAUCGGAAGGGCCAGAGCCCCAGGAAUACAGCUACAGAGAAGCCAGAGGUGAACAUGAGUCCUGAAUCUGGUGACAGCAACAUCUAUGAAGUGAUGCCAUCUCCAGUCUUCCUGGUGUCUCCCAUCAGUGACACGGAGCCAGGAAACCCACCCGUGGUGAGUGUUAGCCCGCCUCCACCACCUCCACCAGCAUCCCAGGAACCACAGCCAGAAAACCAGCACUAUCAGGACCUACUAAACCCCGACCCAGCCCCAUACUGCCAGCUAGUGCCAACUUCCUGAUAGGUCCUGGGCCCAGCAUGCACAGAAGACCGAAUCUCAACUUCCAGACCCCACUCCUCAGAGCCUCACAACUCACAGAAGGGACACACGUGGCACCCACAGGACAACGCUGUGGAGAAACUGGCAAGAUGGACUCUGCCAUAGACCCAGCAUGACAUGGGGCCAGUGCCCUGCGGGACAGGAGACUGACAGCUCCAGAUCCCCAGUGUCCCAACAAUCUUCAGUCUGUGCCUCUUGGGUCAUCUGCCUCUAAGAAACCAGGCUCCUGCCCCACCGAAGACUGGGAGCCUCAUCUAGGUAUUUGAGGGAUGGGAAGAAAGCCUUGGGUCUACCUCAACCAGUUACCCAGAAGCCAACGGAGCCGCCAGGGAUUCUCAACCUGUGGGUCGCGACCCCUUUGGAGAGUCUAACUUUUUCAUAGGGUUCUCCUAAGACCAUCAGAAAUGUCCGAUCUUUACACUACGAUACAUAAUAGCAGCAAAGUUAUAGUUAUGAAGUAGCAACGAAAUGAUUUGAGGGGGGUAUCACCACAACAAGAGGGAGUGUUUUAAAGCGUCUCAGCGAUAGAAAGGUUGAAAGCCACUGCUCUCUUAGAGCUGAGCACUUGCCAGACGAUAACAGCCCCGGGCAAAUAAACUGCCUGAGCCCUGAGCUGCUUCAAAAUCAGCCACGCAGAGGACUGAGACCGUAACACAGCUGUAAAGCGCCUGCCCAGAACCCACCAAUGAGGGACUGAGAACAUGGCUUAAUACGACAGCCCUCCCAGGAGAUCCACCCGUGAGGGAUCCUGCACGGCUCUGCAGGUGGACUGCUGCCAAGCAGGAGAGAGGCCGGGGUUCAGUCCUCAGACGAAACAAUCAUCAUUAGUCACUGGGAAGACACAGCAAGCCUGGGAGAAGUCUCUGGAAGCUUGAAAACUCAAGAAACUGCCCCACCCCAAUCUUCCAGAAGCACCCAGCCCUGUGACCUCUGGGCGCUCCACUUUGGACUUCCAACAUUUAUGAUUGUAAGAUGAUAAAUUCGUGUUGUUUUAAA